CAUAGCUAGGGGCUGGUUCCAUUCCUACCAACACUGCAACAGUGCUAGGGGCAGGUGGGGGCCCUUUGUGACACCCCACCUAGAGAACAGCUGGUCAGUACAGCUGCCAUGUCCAGCAGGAUGAUGGGAUAGGAUGAGAUUCCACAGCUCAAGAACAGAGGAGGCACACCCUACCCAGCUCAGGAUGGCCUGGGUGGAGGAUGGUGCUCCCCAGAAAAACAGCUCUCCAGCAGAGCCCUGCCAGAUGAUUGUGGUGGAUCCACUGCAGACAGAUGCCAGCUGGCUACACAUGUCCAGAGAGGAAGAGGAAGUUGUGAAAUCCAUCCAGAUCCUUGCCAGUAACCUCGGUCAGCCUGGCCGCCAGGAUGUGAGAUGCAAGAUCACGUUUCUUUACAAAAUCAUGGAACUGUGCAUAAGCACCGCGUUCUUUGGCUCGUCACGGCGCCUGAUUGACUUCUGCCGCAGAUACAGCCUGGUAGAGAGGAUCCAGGUGCUGCUGGAAGAUGAGCCCUGGUACCAGCUGAGCACAGAGCUGCGGCAGGUGGCCAUGCUAGCCAUUGAAAUGUUGAGCAAGACAGUGGAAGUGGUGCUGGAAGAAAAAAAGAGAAGCCUCCUAGAGACAUGCUUCAGAACUGUCUUCUGGCUUCCUCCACACUCUCAUUUAAACAGACAUCAAAAACUCCUCCUAAAGAAUACCCUGAGAAGCAUGGACUCCAUGCUGAGGGCAAUAGUGCUCAGCUCUCCUGUCUCCAAAAUCGGCGAGGAGCUGCAGAACAUCUUGCAGGUGCUGCUGGACUUCACCAAUUCUGAGAUAGAGGAAGUGUGGUCAAGAGCCUUGGGGAGGAUUCAAAUGCUGAGCCGUUUCCUGUGCCAUUAUUCCUCACAGAAGGACUGGAACUUCUUCAUUAGAAAGGAUUGCACUGUCUGCUAUGAAGACAUCCAGGUCUCAAUCCUUGGACAGCUGCUGGGACGUCUUCUCCUUUUGCAAACUUCCUCCAGAGAAAAGAAAACAGUUUUGAGAACUCUUCAUUACCUCAGCGAAUUCAUCUGCAGGUCAAGGCUAAAGAAAAACACACGGCUCCAUAGAGAAGGUGACACCACCUCCUUGCUGCGUUGUGUCAACCUGCGCAAUACCAAGCCCUUUGAAAGGUACCUCACACCUUCUGAGAGGACACACAUCAUCCUUGCGGCCGUGGAGGUAAUGACAGAAACCACUGCCUUUGACAAGACGGUGGCAGAACACAUUCUGGAAGUAGCCAUGGGAGACCCGGACUUCUGGCUGAUGGAUGUGCAAAAGAUUGUGAGCUGCAUCUAUGACAGCCUGCAAGACAUCCAGAAACUAGCAACUCGGCACUGCUUCGACACCCUGCUUAUGAAGAUGGCUGACAAGUACCCGGAGGAGGUAGUCACAGCACUGCUGAACAUUGCUCCACAAGGAGACAGCACAGCCCUGCAGCUGUGGGGUCAGAUCUUCUACAAGCCCCAGAUUCAGGAGAAGAUAUUAAUGGUAUUUGUUGACUUGCUUCGGUUCCUCUGGAUGACUAACAUUCCCAGCUCUGCUGCAGAAGGCACCUGCAUCCCUGACUCGGCUCCACCCUCCAGAGAGUUUCCAUCCGAGGAUUUGGGUGACAAGCCUGACACUGAGAGCAAUCAGAGGUAUUCUAGAUUGGUGACAGCCUCCCUGCUGGUUGGAGUCCUCCACGUGCUGUCAGAAACGCGUGACAUGGCAAGAAAAAUGCAGGUCCUCCUGCCAGAUAUGAUGGGGGUCCUGCAGGUUGGCAGUGCAGACCUCAAGAUAAAGAGCCUAAUGUUCUUUAAAAAUGUGAUGGACACACCCACUACAAUUCAAAACCCAGAGGAGACUGUGGACAGCCCCAUCACUGGGCAGCUGAUGGAAAACCUCCUGCUCCUUUUUGACUCGGAGUGCAGCCAGCUGCGAGAGCUCUCCAUCAGCAUCUUCAGAGACCAGCUGGAGUCAGUGGUGGGAAGCACGAAGAGGAGGAACAGCUACAUCAGGAGUGUGCUGAUCCCACUCCUCUUUCGCAUGAGUGACCAGAGCCCUGGUGUGGCCAAGGCCUCUGGGGAAGCCCUCCUUGCUGCUGCCAAGCUCCUCAAGUGGAAGGAGCUCAAGCACCUGCUGGAGACGCAGCAGACACGUAGGAUCGGCAAGUGCUUGCUGCUGAAGGACAAGAGCAGGGCUGAAGAGUACCUGCAUCAGAGCCUGCCGUACCUCAAGGACCCUCAGGCCACUGUGCGAGAGGUGGCUGUCAGGUUCAUCGGGCUGGCUGCAAGGCUCCUCCAAAGCGUGGAGAAGCUGGAUGAGAUCUGCAGUGCCCUCCAGCCCCUGCAGAGAGACAGCGAUCCCUCUGUCUCUAGCCUGGCAGUUCGGAUGACCUGCAACCUGAGGAGUCGAAAGGUUCAGCGAAAACAAAGAUUCGUCCUGCGAGCAUUGUGCUGCUGGUGCCUGGGACCAGGAGGGUAGCUGUGAUUUCAUAAAGUCAGAACAAUUGGCCCCAAACCAAUGGUGUCCUUCAGAUGUGCAGCAUCCCGAGUAGACUGUCCUGUCCUGCUUGGCCUGUCCCUCUGCCUGUGGGAUGACUUUCCCUUCAGCACGUGUUGGCACCAGGCUUAUUUGAGAAACUGACACCUUGCUGAGGCUUCCCCCAGGGGAAGCUGCAUUUGUCCCCACCCAGAAAAAGUCCCCCACCACACAAUGGAGAUAGGGCACAGAAAGAACGGCCCCACCUCCAGCAUUCCCAUGGGUUUCCAGGCAUUCAAUGAGGUGUCUGCUGUUGCUGUAUUGUCACCUUUCUUCACCAUGAUGAAUUUGGAAGUGUUUCCAAGCAGAGUUUCAUGGUGUUAAGGAGAUCAGAGGAAAACCUCAGGGGUUCUAGAGGGACUGGAUGACAGUGAGUCUGUCACUGCCAACACAAUGCAUCAAUUCUCUGGUCACAGAGCAGAAUAUGAUAGCUGUGCUUUGCCUGGGCAAAGCAAAGGAAGAAAACAAAGAAUAUCACCAUUCCUUAGACCCCAGUGGCUGGUCUUGUCAUGUGGAUGGUCAGGAGCUGGGGCUGUGAGACCAGAGAAAGAGAGGAGAGCGAGGGGGCCCAAUCCACUCCCUUUUAUUCUUGGUGCCCACCUCUAAUGUAAACAUGAUUUUUGCAUGGUUUUUUGCACAGACCUCCUCUAGGAGAUGAGGUGGGAGGUGGAGUGAGCAGGAGCCUCAAGGCAGAGCGACAACUUGGUUCAGAGGAGUGCUGCCCCACCUCUGAGGGUCCCCUCUCCUCUGAUCACACAUUUCCUGUAGCAAU